CGUAGUGUAGCCAGAUAUCACGGUAAAAGCGUGAAUUAGCGACUGUAGCGUCGAUUAUGCGAUUUUCUUACCUGACGCGAGAUCGCUCCCUUACACACCAUGCCGCGCCACAACGCCGAGGGGCAACACACGAACGGCGGAGGUGGACCGGCCGGACGCUGCGGCGAGUCCCCGCCAAGUCCACGAUGUACGCGGCGGAGAACGUUCGCGGCACGUUCGUGCGAUCGCUGGCGUCUUUGCCUGAGCACUACGAGCGUCUCCAGCAACUGGGGAGAGAGGGUGUCGCAGUACACGGUUGGAGCGAGAGGGUCUUGAGUGUGCCCGACAGGCUCGGGUGCCGACCUCGCCCAGCCCGCAGUUCCGCUAGCUGGCGUGCGCGCUGUACAUAGCAUGUCCGCACGGGGUAUAUGCACUAAACGCGUGGUUUAUACCGUCCGCGCAAAGCUCGAAGCGGCGGCUCGUCGAGAUUGACUGUGCGGGCGCGCUGAUGGACGUAGACGGGUGUACC